UCCUAUUCGUAUUCUCAACCAGAAGCAGUGACUUAUUCCCUGUGGGCAUGUAGAGUUAGCCCAAGUUCCUGUAUUUGGUUUCGGUCGCUCUCUCCCUCAGAGAGAACAUAUUUCAUCCAACACCGUAGUCUGCUGAAUCGUAGCCAAAACUGCGCAUUGCUGUCCUAGAUGUAGCCUAAACUUCCAAAUCUUGUCUAAUCGGGACUUACUGAAGUGAGAUUGUAAAAGUUUCGCCACUCAACAGGUAACGCUGUAAGUGCUUAAAGCUUUACAGAGAUAUCGUACUUUCGGGAGAACAGGACCUAAAACCCUUACGUAAGGUUCUCUGUUCUCCAUAAAGUGUCGUUCAUAAUGCAGAGAGAAAAGACAACUCCCUUGGUUCCUCCAAGGCCUACCGAAGACGAGCUUGAUAAUCCCGUCAAACACAGCCUGGGAAUGGAUCCGGAUAUUGAAUACAAGACAGAAUGGUACUACCAUCUGAAUAACAACGAAGGAAGUAGUGAGCUUGCUCCAAAAAGGAAAACAGGUAUGAUGGGGAUGAUGCAGAAAGUCAACCCAUUCAAAUCCUCCUCACAGAGCUCCUCGGCAGGAGCCAAAAUGGAGGCUAUAGCAGUGACUGCAGAGGGACAAGGCCCAGAUACUAAACAGAAUCCUGGAAUGUUUGUGGGACAGAAAGUCAACCUUUUCGCAGAAACGAGAAAGGCCGAACCCUUGCCUAACAAUGUAGAGGAUCAGACAACAGACAAGCAGAAUUCUGGGAUGUUCAUGGGGAUGAUGCAGAAGGUCAAUCCAUUUAAGUCAUCAGCUCAGACCAAAAGAGAUGAACCGGAACCAUCUGCACAUCAAGCAACAGAGAAGAGGUUCCCUUCCACAGAGGAGAUGAGAGAUGACAGAGAUAGCAAACAGGCUCCUGGAAUGUUCAUGGGUGUGAUGCAAAAAGUGAAUCCCUUUAAGUCAUCACAGCAGGGUAAACAAGAUGAGCAGUUGGUUGAUCCUGCUGAACCAGAUGAGCGGAAAGUAGAGGAGAAACAGAACCCAGGGAUGUUCAGGGGUGUCAUGCAAAAAGUCAAUCCAUUCAAAUCCACCACGCAGGACAGCCAGUCAUGGAAGAGUGACUCGUCCAUUAGCUCUGAUAGUUUGGCGGAAAAUAACAACACUGCGACCAAGCAGCAGACAGUUAAGGGCUUGACUGGAGAACUGCAGCCAACUGAGAGGAAUAGGAAAAAAAAAACUUUCAUAAUCCGAAGGAUUCUCCCUGGUGCUUUGUUUGGUUCUGCCUCAAAGGAGUAUGAGCACCAGCCAUCUGAACCUGGAGAAGAGCAACCUGAUGCACAGGAGCAGACUGUGGAGAUCCUGCCAGUGGAGAUGGCAGAGGUACCAGUGCCAGGUCAAGGCAAUCCUCUGGAGGAUGAGGCUGAUGAAGAUGGUCUACUGGACUGGUGGAGAACAGUUGAAGGUUGGGAGGACUGGAAUGAGUCCACAAGUUUUGAAGAGGGCGAGGAGGAACUUGCUGUGGAGGCAGCAGCUGACCGUGUCUUCAUGGCGGCGCGUCUCUUCGUGCGCCUCUUCAACAUGCGUGGCGCCUCUCUGCAAGGCCGCAUCCUUGAGCUGCUGGCCCUGGCCGACGCAGCCGACACCUUCCAUAAGAAGACGGUGACGGCCAGUGUUGGGGGUGGUGUGGCCAGCGUGGCUGGCAGCAUCACCACCAUCACUGGCCUGGUGCUGGCGCCCUUCACCUUGGGCACCUCUCUCAUCGUCACGGCAGUGGGCAUCGGCGUGGCGACAGCCGGUGGACUCACCUCAGCCUCAGCCAACAUUACCGACACAGUGCACUCUAAGACCGACCGCAAGAAGGUAGAAAAAAUGAUCCAGGACUACCAGGAGGAGAUCAAAGACAUCAAGGAGUGCCUGGAAUUUCUGCAGACGGGUAUGGAGACUCUGGAAGAGUGGCACUUUGAGCAGUACAUGGAGAGCCUGUCCAAGCGUGCAAUGAAUCAGAACGUCAAGCAUGUUAUGAAGGAGGGUGGCCGUGCCGGUAAAGCACUGCUCAUUAACACCGAGUCCCUGGUGAGCACCGUGCAGGUCCUUAGCGUUGCCGGUAGUGCCGCCAAGGCUGCCCAGGUGAUGAGCGUAACCACGGGCGUUAUGUCGGGUCUUUUCCUGGCGCUGGAUGUCUUUUUCCUGGCCAAGGACUCAGUGGAGCUGCGCAAGGGCGCCAAGACGGAGUUCGCCACCAAGCUGCGUGAGGUCUGCAAGGACCUGCAGGAUGGCCUGCUGGAGCUGAACCACAUCAAGGAGGAGCUGCAGAAGACCAUGGACGGGAUCGAGGUGGACGUGGAGGAGGAGAGUGAGAGUGAGGAGGAGGAGGAGGAAGAUGAUGAGGGUGAUGAAGAGUUUUUGAAGUCUGAUCCAAAGAAGCUUGCUCAGCUUGAAGAGUAGUCGUGGAUGUCUCUGGUGUUGAGUGGUGAUGGAGGAACUCUUUCCUACUUUCCCUUUUAUUUGACUCCUCUUCUCUUUCUCUCCCUCACACUCACUCUCUCUCUCUCACACACACACAUACACAAAUUCUUCUUGGUAAUGACCCUGUAUGUGCUUCCGUUUCAAUGAACCUCACUGCCUCACAUCACUGAACUGCCAAGCAGAGACAAUCUUUGGGACAAUGCAAAUGGAAACUAAACGCACACUCAAAGAGCACACAAAGCCAUUUUCUACGCACACAUCUUGUGCCAUUUUUCAUAUUUUUCUUUUCCACACACAUACUGGACAAACACCACAGUGUUACUCAUGCAGUCAUAGCUUUAAUUGUCUUUGAUGAUGGUGAUUGUUGUAAUGAGAGUGGGUGUGGUACUCAUGAAGUGGAUGCGACAUCACUUAUGGACUCCAGCCAAAAGUAGUUUCUUAGAUAGUGUUUCAUGUGAGCCUCAAACAGGUCCAGUUUCAUUCCAGAUCUCUGAAUGGAGCCAAAGCAGUCACACACAUAGUUAAUGUGUUAAUCAUGCUCGUCAUAGAAACCAAUUACAACAUCAAGAAGAAAGGCACAAAUAUUGCGACAUUGUGGAAAUUGUAAAGAUGGCCCUUCCUAGGUAGAACAUCAGCACACUACAUCUGCGCAAUCACCAGUUUGUCUCUAAAAAAAAACAA